AUGAUAUGGACUCAUUGUAUAAUUCAUCGAGAAUCUUUAGCAUCACAAAAUAUGUGUCCAUCGUUAAAUACCGUACUUCAAACAGUUAUAAAAAUAGUAAACUACAUAAAAACAAGGCCUGAUAAAGCAAGGUUCUUUAAAAAAAUAUGUGAAGAAAUGGGAGCAAAGCAUACUGCGUUACUGUUUUAUUGUAAUUCUAGAUGGCUAUCAAAAGGAAACGUACUAAUACGAGUGUUCGAACUUAGACAAGAACUUUACACUUAUUUGAGUGAAGAAGGUCAUAAUGAUUUUAACAAGUUUAUUGAUAGUAAAGAAACUAAUAUUCUGCAAUUAUAUGAUAAAGUGGUUGCUUUUAUUAAAAAAAUCGAGUUAUGGCAAAGGAAACUAACCGAAGAAAACGGUAAAACCAUGUGUUUUUCAUUUUUAAAAAGUUUUCUUGAAGAUAAUGAUCUUGAAUUACCAAUGAGCUCACUAAACAUAAUUUCUGAUCAUCUGAUGACUCUUAAAAAUCAUUUCGAGAAAUAUUUUCCGGAAGACAUCAUACAAUACAAUUGGAUUAAAGAUCCGUUUAGUGAAAACCCAUUACUAAAUUUCACAACUACUGAAGAAGAACAAUUAAUCGAUAUUUCAUCUGAUUCUUCGUUACGAAUGAAAUUUUCUUCAUUUUCACUUUUAGAAUUUUGGAGCAGCAUUAAAGAUGAAUAUUCUGAAAUAUCCAACAAAGCUUUGCGUGUACUACUACCAUUUGCGACAUCCAUUGUUGUUUUUAAAGAAAAUUUCGACAUCAUUAACGGUUUAAUCGACGGAUCAGGUUAUCAAAAAGAAGUUAGAGGGUUUGAAUGGGAAUGGAGUUUUCAAUGGAGAUUUAGAUAA